AUUCUUUUAUGAGGCUGUAAAAAUCCUCUCUCUCUCUCUCAGUACCAUCUUCAGCCCGUUUACACUGCUUAGCUACGUGUGUUAUUUUCAUUUCGUCAUAGACGUUCAAAAGGGGGUUUAAAAUCGAAACAUAAUACCCUCUGUUCAGUUCUCAUAGUUCCCGACCUCCUCCUCCUCCGCUGCAGAAUUUCACAGCAGAUAAAGCGCACGUGUUACAGCGUGCUCAGUGUGGAACGUACGGAAGGAACAAAGCAGCGUUAAUAUGCGUUAUAAACUUUCUACAGUACUCAAGAAGAGUUGCCCGUGACCUACGCACUAUAUAAGAAAGAUGGCACGUCCCACUAUAUCGUCCAUAGGUCAUUCGACAACUGAUUAGAUUCUCACUUCCCCGUUGUGAAUGCCGCUCUCGUUGACAGAGGGCAGGACCAGCUCGAGACAAGAAACUACAUCGUUCAUUGCUUAUCAACACCGUCGCUUCGACGAGGCGCCCGCCGAGAGUGAGGCGAGCGGAAGGGCAGUUGUUCCUGCCGCCUUUCGCGCCGGCCCAAGCCGCCCCUUGAUUAAGAUGAACUCCGAGAAUGCUGAGGGAACCUACAAGCUUCGAGAUCACCCGGCUUUUCCCAAUGAGAUCGCUGUCUCGUUUCGCAAGGAGCUCCGGCCUGAGCUCAUUUGCGCCGCGUGCAACUGCAUCACCGCCGCUGGUCUGAAGGAUAAGAAGGGUCACGUGUUCUGCCAGACAUGUGCACACACGCUCACGGACGACACCGACCAAUUCACCUGCUACUUAUGCGACACGAGUGCUCAACUACGCUCGUUGAAAAGAAACGAUAAAGAAUGGCAAGUGUUGGAGAAUAUGCAGUCUGCUUGCCCGAACAAAAACAAAGGUUGUGAUUUCAGCGGCAAGCUGCGACAGGUUCUUAUGCAUUACGAGAAGUGUGACAUGAGAGGAAAGGUGAGAUGCACCUUGUGCGGAGAUGCGUACGCGAUGAAAGUGAUUGCCGAGCACAUGGAAAAUGACUGUCCUCAAAGAUUGCUGGAAUGCGUUUUCUGUGAGAGAGACGUUGAGGCCUGCCAAAAGAGGAAACAUGAAGCAAACUGUGAUCAGCGUCCUGCAACGUGUGAAUACUGCGCUAAGAAAUUCAGGACUUACAAAGAGCUUGAGCAAAACCAUGAGCCUGUCUGCCAGCUUAAGCCUAUAGACUGUUCGUUCAAACAGCUGGGCUGUGACUUCAAGGCCGCUAGACGAGAGAUGGAGAGGCACGAAGAAAAUUCCCGCUCCAAUGGCCAUAGUGAACUGUUUCUUCGCAAGAUAUGCCACCUGGAAAGGGAAAACCAGGACCUUACCAAAGCAUCAAAGGAACUGUUAACUACUGUCACAAGAAACCAUGAGGAGAAGAUGCGAGAAAUGGAAAGAAAAAUGGUGGAACUUCAACAAUCUGUCAAUGCUGAGAAGACGUUACGCACAGAGUUGGAAAACGAAGUGCAGAAUUUAAAAAAGGAAGUUCAGGCACUCACGGUGAAAGAGGAUGCUCAAUAUGGUCAGCUUUCUUUACAAAUUUCGGAGACAGAAAAUGCUGUGCAACGGCUUACACAUGAAGUACACCUGGACCAUCUAAAACCAGGCUUCGUGCACAUCUGGAAGCUGCAGCCGUACCACGACCUGAAAACGGCAGCCAUGACAUCUGCCGAGACAAUAUCGUCGGGCACACUGUACAUCAACACACCGGGAUAUCAUGUUGAGUUCACAGUCGGAUUCGGUAGCGGUUCCACUGCGUCACCGCCACACCUGUCGUUUAAGUGCCAGAUUUGCCCCGGUCAAUAUGAUGACAUGCUGCCCUGGCCCUUCAAAAACAAGAUCAUCGUGGUUCUUGUCAACCAACUAGAAGAACAAGCCCGGCGAUCUUUCGAAAUGGAUGCGGCGUCGGCUGAACACGCCAUGGAGUGCUUGAAGAAGCCAGAAUCCGGUCAACGGAACCCCAAGUUCGGCGUCUCCCAGAUCAUAUCCGUGCCGCUGCUUGAGAACGUCAAGAAGGGAUUCCUCUCCCGGAAUUGCGUCGUAUUCAAGAUCAUCGUGCCGUCUAUUUAAUUAUUAGGUCACCAUACCCACUCAGACGGUUUCUACACAAUGCGAAUUAUUCAGGUUUCCCCUCAAAUUCCUGUGAAAAGGUACAGCAACUGUGUGGAAUAUACGUGAGCCUAUGAGGUGCGUUUUUUUUUCAUAAGAUCCGAAUGCAGCAUUCGAAACUAGGCUAAAUUUCACGAGAGCGUAAAGUGAGCCAAACAAUCUUUAACUUCUAAAAGAGUUCCAAUCAAAAUGGGGCAAUUGCUUAUCGUACUGUGCAGAAGCGGAGUACGUCUGCUAUUGAAGAGGCAGUUGAUUCUUCAACGUUGUCCCGUUGGAGUGGAACAGUGAACAUAGCAAACUGAAUCUGCAACUGCUAUGGUAGUCUUAGUGUAGGCUUGUAAGCACAGCAAGUCGGCUGUAAUUUGUUAGUGAACGCCAGUCAGUCUUUUUUUUUUUCGGUCAUGUUUUCCAACUUAUUCGCCCGUUUCAGAGAAAGACGUCGAAAUAUUCAUCCCUCGCGCCUCGGCGCAUAUUCCAAACCUGAAAUAAAGUUACCCCUCUUUUUUUUUGC